GUUAAUUAUUAGGUAAUUUCGUAGCUUUUAUUUAAAGAAAAAAUGCACGUUUCUUAUAUUUUGGGUUAAUAUAAUAUUCCAUAGUAAUUGGAUUUAGACCAACAUUUUUUCAAUUGAUUAUUAAACUGCCAUGUAACCUAAAUUGUCAUCUUAAUUAAGUGACACCUAAGCAGAGUUUCUUUUUAAUUAGUACAAAUUUAAAGUUACAACUUUUUAAAUGAUCCUCGAUUAAUAUAUAGGUGAUAGUAGAAUUUAUCUCAAAUGUCAUAUUUUCUUGAAAUGGGCUUUAUUAAAUAGUGUUUUCAUUGUUCUCGUAAAUUAUCAAAAAAGUUGAGGUAGGGUAUACCUGAUCUUAACAUGCCACUUGAGCCUUAUAUAGUUAUAGUUAAGAUUCAUUUAGAUUUUGGCUAAUGUAUUUUAUUAAUUUAAACAAUCAGUGAAGCUAAUUAUUAUCAUCUUUUGCAAUAUAAAUAUGACAAGUGGAGAGUGUGAAGUUUACCAACCCGACCAAUAAAUAAUCUUUCCCUCAUGGUCGCAUAACUAAAUAUACAAAGAUGGUAGGAAAGUGUGAUUUUGUGAGUGUUAUAGGAGCCAUACUGGUACUAACCAUCUUCCAUAAUCCGAACAUCGUCCACGCCGGCGAGGGUGUUCCGGAGGUAGCGUUGUUCACUUUCGGAGACUCUUAUUACGACGCCGGAAACAAAGCGUUUCUAAGCAAAAAGAAAAAUCCUCCACAAACCCAAUGGCCUUAUGGCAAAUCCCUUGACGACCCUAACGGCAAGUUUUCCGACGGCCACAUUGUCCCCGAUUUUAUCGGUGACUUCAUAUCCAUACCGAACGGAAUCCCGCCUGCACUUAAACCAGGCGCUAAUCUUUCACGUGGAGCUAGUUUUGCCGUCGCUGAUGCUUCUAUCCUUGGAGCUCCGGUGGAAUCUAUGACACUGAAUCAACAAGUGAACAAGUUCAGAAGCAUGAAAUCAAAUUGGACCGACGACUACAUCGAGAAAUCACUGUUUAUGAUAUACAUCGGUACAGAAGAUUAUUUGAACUUCACCAAGACCAAUCCCACUGCAGACGCUUCUGCUCAGCAAGCUUUUGUCAUUUCCGUCACGAACAAAUUAAAGAACGACAUCGGCUUGUUAUACUCCUUGGGAGCCAGUAAGUUCAUGGUUCAAUUGCUAGCACCAUUGGGUUGUUUACCGAUCAUGAGACAAGAACAUGGAACCGGCAACGACUGUUACGAGCCACUUAACGAUUUGGCCAAACAACACAACGAGAAGAUCGGUCCGAUGUUGAACCAGUUUGCCAAAUCCCCUGGUUUUCAAUUCACCGUCUUUGAUUUCUACAACGCCAUCCUUCGGAGGACACAGAGACCUCAUAACUACCGGUUCUACGUGGCGAACUCAUCAUGUUGUGGUGUUGGGACGCACACUGCGUACGGUUGCGGAAUGGGAAACGUUCACUCGAAACUAUGUGAGUAUCAAAGGUCGUAUCUCUUCUUUGACGGACGUCACAACACAGAGAAGGCCCAAGAGGAACUAGCUCAUCUGAUCUAUGGAGCUGACACUAAUGUGAUCCAACCGAUGACGGUCCGUGAGCUAAUUGUGUUUCCAGCUGGAGCGAACAUGCUUGAGUCUUGGGAGCCUAACUUGUCCUCGGUCCGUCGUCGUCCAUCUACUAAAUCUACAUCAGUUUAUCGACUUCUUGAUUUAGUUGGAUGAGUUUGAGCUGAAUCAUAUGUAAGAUUGGCUACCAAUACCAUCCUCUAUGAAUCGUUUUCGUGGCGAUUCUGCUUAUGACGUUGAAUAAAUUGCUUUUGAGUAUCUGAAAUGUAUUCUGUUUCGUUAUCUGGGGAUAGAAUAAUAAGAGAGAUCGUAACUGUUUCUACAGCUUGAUCACUUUCUCAUUCCUGGCUGGACUAAUAAUAAUGCAUGUAUAAACAUGGAUUGUUAGAGUGUA